AUGCCGUGCGUCCGCUCCUUCCUCGGCCUCCUGGGGGCCCUGGCGGCCGGCGGCGCCGUCGCCUUCCUCUGCUACUGUGUUUACUUCGACCGGAAGCGGCGUGGCGACCCCGAGUUCAAGCGCCGCCUGCGGGACAAGAGAAGAGCCCAGCGGCCGAGGGCCGUGGAGCCCUGCGCGCAGUUUUGGGAUCCAGCACCAAAUGAAAAACUACAAGAACGUUUUUUUCAAGAGAUACAGAUGGGAGAACUUUGGCUAUCUAGAGGGGACUGUAGAAUGGGAGUUGAACAUCUUAGCAAUGCCCUUUUAUUGUGUGGGCAACCACGGGAACUUCUGAAGGUUUUCAGACAUACACUCCCUCCUCAGGUAUUUGAGAUGCUGUUGCAAAAAAUCCCCCUUAUUUGCCAGCAACUUGAGGCAGAAAUGAAUGAACAGGAAUGCUUGGAGGAUGGAUGAUCCUGAUUGAAAAACAUUUCAACGUAUCCACAG